UCCUCCCCAGCAAAACCAAGUUUAACUGUAGCGGGGGAUAAAACCAAUCCACCGCGAGAAGUAUCUGGCAAGAUGUCGUCCGACGAAAUUGUCUGGCAGGUUAUUAACCAGCAAUUCUGCGCCUACAAGCUCAAAACUACCAAGAACCAAAACUUCUGCCGAAAUGAAUACAAUGUCAGCGGACUUUGCAACCGGCAAUCGUGCCCGCUCGCCAACUCGCGGUACGCCACGAUUCGGUCGGACCCCGAAACAGGCGCGAUGUACCUGUACAUGAAGACGGUGGAACGGGCGCACAUGCCUAGCAAAUGGUGGGAGCGGAUACGAUUGUCGUCGAACUAUGCGAAGGCGCUGGAGCAGUUGGAUGAGCGGCUGAUCUACUGGCCAAAGUUCCUGGUGCAUAAGUGCAAGCAGCGUCUGACGCGGUUGACGCAGGUUGCGAUUCGGAUGAAGAAGUUGGCUAAGGAGGAGGAGAGGCUUGGGGAGAAGGUGGUGACGAAGUUGGCGCCGAAGAUUCGGCGGAGAGAGGAGGCGAGGGAACGCAAGGCGGAGAGUGCGGCGAAGAUUGAGAGGGCGAUUGAGAGGGAGCUGAUUGAGCGGUUGAGGAGUGGUGCUUAUGGAGAUCGGCCGUUGAAUGGUGUUGGUCAGGUUGAGUACGUUAGUGAUAUUGAUGAGGACGAGGAGGAUCUGGAGGAUAUUGAGGAUUGGAUUGGUGAGGGGUCUGGAGACUCCAGUGACGAUUAUGAUGAUGAGAGCGAUGAGGAGGAGGACAGUGAUGAGGAUGAUGAGGAUGACAGCCAUCACUCUGAUGAGGAGGCUAAGAAGCCUGCGCCUGGAUUCAAGCGGAAGCGUCCUGCUCCUCAGAUUAAGCCGAGGAAGAAGGGUCCCCGUGUUGAGAUUGAGUACGAGACUGAGGGUGCUGGCAAGGAGAGCAUCAUGGCUUGAAGGGAGUGAGACAUUGAACAUAAAAGCACGGGUUUCUGUUGAUGUUGAUGUUGCUGCUGCUUUCGUGUACUGGAUGGCGUUGUCUGGUUUAGAGUUGUUUUGUGUCUGUUAUUAUUGUUGCUCUGCUGCGAUCGGGCAUGCAUACCCCGCCAUUGCAUAUAUGAAUUUACUGUUCACCAAAGUUCUGAUCUGCGACAUUAGACUAUGUACAUCACAACUACAUGAAGGUCAGAAACCAGUUUACAAAUGUUGAGACAAGAUCCACCAGUUGGCCGUGUCAGAUGGUGAAAUGAAGAAAGAAACCGACUGGAGCAGCUCACGUGCAGCGGGGGAAGUGAAACUGAGUGGAUCGCCAACA